AUGGCUGUUUUCCAGCCAGCGAUCAUGUCCGCCUCUCUGGGGCGCGCAUGGGUUCACGAACUUGACAACAAGAUCAGGGUGGCAGGUCAGCAAGGCUUCAAAGGAAUUGAAAUUUUCAAGCAUGAAAAGCUUAUCGACAAGAUCCAUGUCUGGUUCCGCAUCGUGAAAGAGCUGAAGACCGCAACAAUUCAGAUCCCGGCCAACUUCCUACCCAUUGAUCAGCUCACGGGAGAUAUGAAUGUCAUUGUCGGCGACCUACGAAAGCUGGCGGAUUUGGGACUACGUGAAGAGCCUCAGGUUCGUUUCGCAUACGAGAAUCUUUGCUGGAGCACGCAUAUCGACACCUGGGACAAAGCGUGGGAAGUUGUCAAACAAGUGGAUCGUCCGAAUUUCGGCCUAUGCCUCGACACAUUUAAUAUUGCCGGGCGUGUUUGGGCCGAUCCCACAACAGUGGAUGGCAAGACAGCAAAUGCUGAUUCAGACUUCAAGGAAUCUAUUCGUCAGAUGGUUCAACAGGUGGAUUUGAAGAAGGUGUUUUAUAUUCAGGUGGUGGACGCGGAGCGGAUGACCUCGCCACUGGUUGAAGGCCACCCUUUCUACACUUCUGGUCAGCCACCACGGAUGAGCUGGUCGCGAAACGCCAGAGCAUUUGCGUACGAAGAAGAUCGAGGGGCGUACCUUCCGGUGGAGGAUAUCGCACGGGCGAUCAUUCAUGACAUGGGCUAUGAGGGAUUCAUCUCCAUGGAAUUGUUCUCGAGAACAAUGUCUGAAGAGGGAGAGCAUGUGCCAACAGAACAUGCGCGGCGGGGAAUGGCUUCCUGGGCGAAAUUGGUCAACAAGCUUAACUUAAAGUAA